AAACAGUAGUCAAUGCACGCCAUCCUCUCAUCGUAUCAGUCAUUCUUGCACUGGAUGAAAUCGUCAAUCACUUAUUCCACAGUCUCUGGCCUUCUCCGGCAUUUCUCGUGCGAGCACCCAUGGAAGUUCACCGAGAGCAGAGCAUUCUGACGGUGGCUGUGUGACCGGACAUUCAAGACAUAACGGGAAGAUGCGAGGGUUCAUCGAGAUGAGCUUCCUACGCAGUUCGCCUGUGGCACUGAUCUCCAUCGAGAUAUUGAAAGCGACCGCUGAAAUGCGGAGGAACCAACAUCACAAAGGUAUCAGGAGCGCGAUCAAGAACCGUCUCCUUGACGAUGUAUUUCGGUCGCAUUGCCAUAUGGGCAUUGAUGGUCGAGUUCCGAGCCCAGCUUUCGACUUCGCCAUCGACAUGGGUCGUACUGCCCAACUGAGGUGCGAUAUGGCGUGUCAUCCAGGCGACACACUGGCAUUGAGAACGCGUCGGGGAACAUGACGUCGAGGCAGUCCAUGAGGUGAUUGGCGAUAGGGAAGAAAUCCUGUUGUGAUAGCAGAUAGCUAGAAUUCAGCGC